CUCUCGUCCUCCGGCGGACACUUAAAAAUGUAACACCAAAAUAUGCAGACUGCUGCAAAAUCAACUGCUGAUUAGGGUCAGUCUGUUCCAUUUUCAGGGAAGACAUGCAUAAAGAACACGUUUCCUCAAAGUAUGUCAACAUCACUCCAUCCAGGGAUGAAUGCGUGUACACAAGCUGUUACUGUGAGGAAAAUGUCUGGAAACUAUGUGAACACAUCAAGACUCAAACGCAAAUACAUUUGGACGAAGUGUAUGCUGUAUUUAUAUCAAAUGAAAGAAAAAUGAUCCCUAUAUGGAAACAGAGGUCCAGUCGUGGAGAUGAACCUGUUGUUUGGGAUUAUCACGUUGUCCUACUUCAUCAGAAUCAGCAGGGACAGAGUUUUAUUUAUGACCUGGAUACAGUCCUGCCUUUCUCCUGUCCUUCCCAUGUUUACACUACAGAAGCCUUCCAUACAGAUCAUGGUCUGAAACCAGCUUUCUGGAGGAAGUUGCGAGUUAUUCCUGCAGAUGCCUACCUGAAGUACUUUGCCUCGGACCGGUCACAUAUGAAAAAUGCCGAUGGGACAUGGCGCAUGCCUCCACCGCUGUAUCCUUGUAUUGAAACAACAGACUCUAAAAUGAACCUGGAUGACUUCAUCAGUAUGGACUCCAAAGUGGGAUGUGGACAUGUAUAUAGUCUCUCUGAAUUUGUCAAACACUUUGCAGAAAAAUGAUGAUUGCUGGUUUGAAAUGAAUAUACUUCAUACAGAUUGGUGGUUACCUGCUGGAUAUUUUCUGCCUUUCUCAGCUCAAGACUACUACAGGGUCACAAUCCAGGAAAUAACCAUUCUCAAUGCUAGGUUCCUUAUCCUGGUGGCAGAAGGAAGCCAUAGGAAUUGCCAGGAAUACAGAUGCCACAAAAACUACAUUUACACAUUGUAUAGUUAAAUGACGUUAAGAUACAGUUUGCUUCCUAUGCAAUGCAUUUAACUAAUGCAUUUGUCUUUGGAAAUGUUUUAUAUUGUGUGAGAAGCACAAGUUACAAGAUGUAAAUAAAAACAAGGGAGCUUUAGUUUGUGGCAUUUAUUGAUAGGUACUGAACUUGUCAGAGGGGAAGGAGGAACUGGGAAUACAAAGAAAAUAAAUGCUGUUAUGUUGAAAAUACAGUAGAGUCUAAAUUAUUUCAGUAAUAACCAAAUAC